UAUAAGUGUAGUAACAUGUAAACGACAAGUAAAAAAUUGCACACGAGUUACGGCGUACACAAUUUCGCCCACUUGUUAUUUUCAAUACUGGCUCAUUUGCAGUGAAAUGAUGUGCUAUUUUUCCUGUCUCUUAGUUUACGCGAAAUUUGCUGUUAUCAUACAUGUGAUUGUGGCUUUUCUUAUUCGUUUUAUUUACAAACAGAUGUUUAUUGAAAAAAUUACACAUAUUCUCUAGAAAAGGCCCUGUUGUGUCUUUCAGAUUCUCUCACAUACAAGUUCAUCCAAAAUGGUAUAGUCUAUCGCUAUUUUGUAAUGCCGCAUUCAAGCCAAACAAGCGAUAAAACGCGCAGUCUAAUCUAUUUUUUGUCAUCUCGACAUUACGCAAAAACCACCUACGAUAAGCGCGACGAAUUGCAAACAUAGUUUGUUAAUAGCACGGAGGGACAAUCGAUUACAAAUGCUCAUUACAUCGUUACAAGAAAACUAGAUCUGCAAUUUUCUGCGCUACCUCUGCAGAACCUGAAAUGAUCCAAACUGUUCAUUAUACCCGAGCCAGCGUCUACUUUUCCUAAUGAUACUCUUGCAUAAUUAAAACGGCUUUUUUGUCUCCGCCCGUUUCUUAUCUAUCUAAGUAUGUACUUGCGUUCGAUCGAUUUCUGUGUGUACUUUAUUCGCGCGAGAUGCUCUAGGAUUUAAUUUAGUUGAGAAGCUUUUUUCUUUGUACAGCGAUGCGAUCGAUUGCGUUGUUCUCGUGCGUUUCAAUGUGAGCUAAGGGAAAGAAAGUCAGCGGAAGCGACAUGUGGAGGUUUUGCGCUCUGAUAUUCAUUAGCUUGGGUAUUCUGGUUGAUUGCCACGAGAUUGACGAAUUAAUUUCCAAUCUUGUCGCGGAGGCUUCCGCCGGUCUGUUUUUCCCGGCUGCGGCAGUCGGUGCGUUGCUUUGCACAAAAACAGAAAACGCUGUAGAAUUCUCGAAAAUCUUGUCCAAAAAUCAUGUACUCAAUAACCAAUUGAACUAUGACGAUUUCGAAGAAAAUAUCGUUCAAUACCCAGUGCAUCAGACGACGAUUUUCCUUGAUUAUGAUUGUCCUAGGGCAUCGGAAGCUUUGCGUAAGGCAAACAAUUCAGGCUUGUUUUCUGCUCCAAUCAAGUGGUUGAUCCUUCAAGACUUGAGAAAUGCUCCAAACGAAAACUGCACAGAGACAGACUGCAUUUUGAACAUCUUCCACGAUUACGCGAUGUUUCCCGACAGCGAAAUCCUCAUUUUCGAAAGAACUUCAAAAAAUUACGUGAAGAUAUUGUCUGUGUAUCGCCCGAGUCCUGUACGGGAUAUGAUGAUCGAAGAUCGUGGAUUCUGGAGCAAAGAAGACGGCUUGAAAAUGAAAGAUGCGCACGUCAGCUCUCGCAGAAGAAGGAAUCUUUAUAUGACCCCAUUGAAAUCUAGUAUCGUGGUAACGAAUCCUGACACGCUGAAUCAUUUGACCGAUUAUCGCGACGAGCACGUGGACACUAUCACGAAAUGUAAUUAUGUAUGGCUUCAUCAUCUUGUUGCUGCAAUGAACGCAACGGUUACAUACAACGUGGUGAACAGCUGGGGAUAUCGCGAUAAGAACGGUUCCUGGAACGGCAUGAUGGGUAUGCUGAGCCGCAAGGAAAUUGAUAUCGGCGGCACUUCGAUGUUCCUCGUCGGCGACCGAUGGGCUGACGCUCAUUACAUUCCUUUAUCUACACCGACCAGGGCAGCGUUCAUCUUUCGCCAACCACCACUAUCUUUCGUUAGCAACCUAUUCACGCUGCCAUUUCGCCCUUCCGUGUGGAUCGCGAUAGGAAUCUUGUUGAUCAUUAUUUUCUUGUCACUGGUGAUCUCUACAAAAUGGGAGUGGGUCACCAAGGAAGUCGAUUCGUCGGGGACUCCGCCACCGAGCUUGAGCGAUAAUCUUCUCCUCGUUGUUGGCGCUAUUGCUCAGCAAGGAUUUGGACGCAAUCCACGUACUGUGCCGUCAAGGAUCGUUUUGCUGAUGCUCCUUCUGGCGGCUCUGAAUUUGUAUGCCUCCUAUUCGGCCAACAUCGUCGCUCUCUUACAAUCUACUACGACAUCGAUUCAAACCUUGAGAGACUUGCUCGACAGUCCGAUAAAGUGCGGUGCUCAGGACAUUGUCUAUAACCGUUACUACUUUAACUUAGAAAAAGACCCAGUGCGCCGAGGCAUUAUAGAUCACAAGAUCGAGCCAAAAGGCGGCAAGUCGAACUGGAUGUCGGCGGACGAUGGAAUUAAAAAUAUAAGACAGGGCUUCUUCGCAUUUUUCAUGGAGACGGGUCCCGGCUACAAGAUCAUCCAGGAAACAUUCGAGGAGGACGAGAAGUGUGGCUUCCGUGAAAUGUACUUUAUCGAACACUUCGAUCCGAUGUUUACGAUCGUCAAGCAGUCACCUUACGUGGAAAUAAUGCGAGUCAAUUCGUUAAAAAUCGAAGAAUCUGGCCUGAAAUCGAGAGAGAUGUCGAAGUUUUAUACAAAGCGACCCCCUUGCAACGGACUCAGCAAAUUCAUUAGCGUUGGGUUAAACGAAUGCUACUUUGCAUUCUAUACAAUGGGAUAUGGAGCUUUGAUUGCGUUUGUCGUACUUUUUGCUGAAUUCGCGUGGAUGAAGAGUACUGCAGCGCGACGAAAAAAUAAGCUUGAAAAGAUUCAUUACGACGAAAGUCUUCAAUCGUUUGGUUAAAAAGUAACAAUUCUAUAAUUUGAAAAUAUUCUUUUAUGCUGAUAAUAAGUAUUAAGUAGAUAAUCAUCAAAGGUAAAAACGAGUUGCAUUUAUAUUAUAUUAUAAAAUAUAUUGUACAUAUAAUA